AUAAGGGACCGAAUAGGACAUCUAUCCAUCUGCCCACUUGAGCGCUAAUAGCAGGUGCUGGUAGGUUACACGCGGAUGAAGGGAUCAUUGGCAUCUAAGGCCCUCAACCGGGCACCGAAAAGACAAAUGAUAAAGCAAGCUCUUCCACCGCUCACUAAUACCCACCUCCCUUCCGUUUAGCUCUCCCAGCCAUCUUUCACCCACCCAUUUACCCUCACCAUGCUCAAGUCUCUCCUACUCACCGCGGUUCUCGCGGCCGCCAUUCCGCUAGACGAGGAGUUGUUCGGAAGGUCGUUCGAUCUGGGAAGCAAGAUCUACCCCACAGCCCACGAUAGCCGGGGAGUAGCAGCAGGGUCGCCCGAAGGCAACGGCUUUCACAGCGGCUACUUCUACUCCUUCUGGUCCGACGGCCGAGGCAGCGUCACCUACAACAACCUCGCCGACGGGUCCUACAACAGCCAGUGGAACAACGUCGGCAACUGGGUCGGCGGCAAGGGCUGGAACCCUGGCGGACCCAAGACGGUGCAGUACAACGGCACCUGGAACGGUGCCAACGUCAACUCGUACCUCGCCCUCUACGGCUGGACCAAGGACCCACUGAUCGAGUACUACGUUGUCGAGAGCUACGGCUCGUACAACCCCAGCAGCGGCGCGCAGAGGAGGGGUACCAUCGAGAGCGACGGCGGCACCUACGACAUCUACCAGACCCAGCGUGUCAACCAGCCCUCGAUUAUAGGGAGGGCCACAUUUAUGCAGUUCUGGUCCGUCCGCCGGGCCAAGCGUGUUGGUGGUCAGAUCACCACCGGUACUCACUUCGACGCCUGGACCCAGAGCGGCCUGAAGCUGGGUGCGCACAACUACAUGAUCCUUGCCACCGAGGGCUACCAGAGCACUGGGUCGUCGAGCAUCACCGUUAGCGAGGUUGGGGCGGAGGGAGUGCCGUACCCCGACGAGCCCGACUCGGUAAACCCGAACAACUAGGGACGUCAUAUCAUGGAUGUGUGUCACAAUGGUGGGAGUUAAGAGUUUAUAUUCUUUUAGCUCUGGUUUUGACUUUUAUGCUAGUGAUAAAAAUGAAACCCAUCAACUGAUAGCGAGGUGGGGAGUUAUAGGAGAGUCAUCAAUGAUGUUCCAUACCAUGAGUCCACCGUUGCCGACGGCCGCAAAGACCACGUGUGACUCGGAUGAUAUACCAACCAAAUGUAAGCAUUAUCAAACCGGCAAAAAAGGACACCGCCACCAAAGACUCAAGAGAUAAACCCCUCAAACCACCUCC